CACCAGCAACUCUGUGCUUCUUUGAACUUAUUUGUAAAGACUAUAAUAAUAUCCUAUUUAAUUCUACUCUGUGGUUGAAUCCGGAGAGAACUGUGGUUUUAAAUCUGGCCCCAGGGGUGAUUGCUCCCUGGCCAUACUUAGCAUUUUCCUUAGAUGCAGAACCUAGCUGACUAUAAGCAUGGUAUUAACCUCCUAGGGCCUUGCCUGAGCUGCCACAACCCAGGGCUCUUUGUAAACCCCACAGUUCUGCUUUUUUUUUUUUGUCUUAUAUUUGGGAAAACUCAGAUCCAUAUCGGGUCCACAAGUUGUAAGUCCAACAGAUACUAUUGAGUACCUACUAUGCUGAUCCCAUGGUAUGUUGUGGAAAAAAUGGUAUAGACCAUGUGGAACAUCUUCGAUGGAAGUUCUACUUCAACAACAAACAGGUUCAAGAACUGAUAAAGCAUUGCAGAUGUGACCCAAGAGAGAAGAGGGUCAGAGGUUGGGGCCAGAACAUCAGGCAGAAGAGAGCAGCAAGAGCUUGGCUUCCUGGAAGAGCAGAGAGAAAGUCAACUUGGCUAGAUGACUGGAAGGGAGUGACCAAGUACCAAGAAGACCCCCAGGAGAACUUUACAGGAGGGCGGGGACAGAGCCUUCAUAAAUUUAAUGACAGUGUGUGCUCAGGAUGUGACAGCCAUAUUCUCAGGCACAUAGGUAACUGAAGUGAAUAGAACAGUUUUCCCUCACCAAUUGUACUUGGAAUUGGACAGAUGGCUACCACCAUAAUGAUAUUGUAUGUGUUCAAGCUAAAUAAAAUAAUCCAUUUCCCUGAUUUUGACAAGAAAAUUCCUGGAAAGCUGUUCCCUCUGCCCCUUCUCUACGUUGGAAACCACAUAAGUGGCUUAUCAAGCACAAGUAAAUUAAGCUUGCCGAUGUUCACCGUGCUCAGGAAGUUUACGAUUCCAUUCACUUUACUCCUGGAGGCUAUCAUACUUGGGACACAAUAUUCAUUGAACAUCAUCCUCAGCGUCUUGGCCAUCGUUCUUGGGGCGUUCAUAGCAGCUGGCUCUGACCUCACAUUCAACUUGGAAGGCUACAUUUUUGUAUUCUUGAAUGAUAUCUUCACCGCGGCAAAUGGAGUUUAUACCAAACAGAAAAUGGACCCGAAGGAGCUGGGGAAAUAUGGAGUGCUUUUCUAUAAUGCCUGCUUCAUGCUCAUCCCAACUGUCAUUAUUAGCGUCUCUACUGGAGACUUUCAGCAGGCCACUGAAUUCAGACACUGGAAGAAUGUCUUAUUUAUCAUACAGUUUCUCCUUUCCUGUCUUUUGGGGUUUCUCCUGAUGUACUCCACAGCUCUUUGCAGUUAUUACAACUCAGCUCUGACCACAGCGGUGGUUGGAGCGAUCAAGAAUGUAUCGGUUGCCUACAUUGGGAUGUUGGUUGGUGGAGACUACAUUUUCUCCCUCUUAAACUUUAUAGGGUUAAAUAUUUGCAUGGCAGGUGGUUUAAGAUAUUCCUUUUUAACACUCAGCAGCCAGUUGAAACCUAAACAACCUGUGGAUGAAGAAAGCAUCCCUCUGGAUCUGAAGAGCUAGGCUGAAGACAGAGUUGCAGGCCUAGGCUGGAAAGAGCAGCCUCAGCAGGAGUGGGUAGACCAGAGGUCCCACACAUGGGGCAGUCACCUGCUUGGUCAGAGCACAAAAAGGAAUGUCUUCGAAAUACAAAGAAAGCUACCUCACACGUCACUGCACAAUGAGCCACGAGGAACCCACGACUCACAGUACAAAACCUUCCAACUAAGUGAAUUUGCUAAAGUCAUCCACAGGGCCCUCACUAUGUGCUGGGGAAGAUGUUUCAAGGGUGACUUUGCUUAUCAGCACUGUGGCCUUAAUUUUAAAGGCCUCAUCCAAGGAAAAAGGGAAAACUUUUUGUUGUUGAACCAUCUCUUUGUCUUUGUAAGAGUCAUUCAGUUUUGAAUGUGUUGGUAUUUUUUUUCCAGGUCAUUACAGUGAAAUAAAGUCCUGUCUAUAUAUGCCGCACAGUGUGAUAUUACAGUAUGAUAGAAAAUAGUUAGUUAUUCAGUGUCCAGGAAUAUUCCUGGGGUUGAGGUGUAUAGAGUGCUCACUGUACUCAGGAGACAAAUGAGUUUGAUCUCUGCACUCAUAUAAAAAGUCAGGCAUGGAGCAUAUCAAUUAUCUCAGCUUUGGGUAGCAGAGACAGACAUGUCCUGAGACUCUGGCUUGCCAGCCAGUCUUAAAUGGCAAGCAUCAGGUUCAGUGAGAGACACUGUCUCAAAGAAUAGGAUGGAGAGUGACUGAGGAAGACACCCAUCAUUAGCCUCCGGUCUCCACAUACACAUGCACACACAUACAUACAUGUGUGCACACAUUACUCCAUCUUUUUUUUUAAAAAGAUUUUAUUUAUUUAUUAUAUGUAAGUACACUGUAGCUGUCUUUAGAUCUCAUUACGGGUGGUUGUGAGCCACCAUGUGGUUGCUGGGACUUGAACUCAGGACCUCCAGAAGAGCAGUCAUUGCUCUUAACUGCUGAGCCAUCUCACCAGCCCACAUUACUCCAUCUUGAAGGAACAACAAGAUAGCCUUUUAAGGACAAGUGUUGGAAAAACUUUGCAAAAACCCAAAGCCAUCAGUUCAUCUCCGUAGUCUUAGACAUUUGAAUGUGUGGUCCCUGGUUGGGUGGCAUUGCUGGAGGAAAUGUGUCCCUGGGGUGGGCUCUGAGGUUUCAAAGUCUCCAUCCAUUUCAGGUUUGCUUGCUCAGUUUCUUGUUUGUGGUUUGACGAGCUCUCAGCUGUUCCUGCCACACUGAUCUCUCUGGAACUGUAAGCCCAAAUAAACUCUUCUAUACAUUGA